AAAUAGCCUUGUUAUUACUCGCUGCAUCAAGGAGCACAGAGCCAAGCUAUGCGGACAGCCAUGGAGCACCAUUGCUCCAUCCUACUCGUGGCCUCCCUCCUCCUUGCAUCUCCAGCAUGGACAUCGGCCUCCACGGGAAGUGACGACACCGACGCCGACCACCGUGCGCUCAUGCAGUUCCGGUCCCUCAUCACGGACGACCCAUCCGGGGCCUUGGCAUCAUGGGGCGGCGGCAACAUGACCGCGCCGGCGCCGUGCGGGUGGCACGGCGUCACGUGCGGGGUGCGCGGGCGCCGCCGCGGCCGCGUGACAGCGCUGGACCUCCGCGGGCUCGACCUAGCCAGCUCCGGCACCGCGGCUCCUUCAUCCCUCUCGAGCCUCACCUACCUCCGGCGACUCGACCUCUCCGGGAACCGCCUCGGCGGCGGCGUGCCCUCCCCAUUGCCACCCUCCCUCGAGCGCCUCAAUCUCAGCCACAACGCGCUGCAGGGGCCGGUGCCCGCGGCGCUGGGGUCACUGCACCGCCUCCAGGUGCUCUAUCUCAGCUACAACAACCUCACCGGAGCAAUCCCUGCCUCCCUUGGCAACCUCACCUCCCUCACCUCCCUCAGCCUCACCAGCAACAACCUCGCCGGCGCCAUCCCUGGCGCUCUCGGCAACCUCAAAGCUCUCACCGGCCUCUUCCUUCACUACAACAUGCUCCAAGGAUCCAUACCUUCCGCCGUGUUUAACAUCUCCUCUCUCCAGAAACUUGACGUGCAGAUGAACAACCUCACCGGGACUCUGCCCCCGAACGCCGGUGGCAGGCUGCCCAGACUCACGUGGUUCGUCGUUAACAACAACCGGCUACACGGUGCCAUCCCGCCGUCGCUCUGCAACGCCUCCAAGCUGGAGUUGGCACAGAUGUAUGACAAUUCCUUCUCCGGAGUCAUACCGGACUGCCUUGGAACUCACCUCAAGAACUUGUGGGCACUGACACUGGACGGCAACCAGCUGGAAGCAAAUGUUGAUGCUGACUGGGGAUUCAUGGAUAGUCUGACCAACUGCAGCAAUCUGAAGAUCAUUAGCCUGGUUGAAAACAAGCUGGGAGGUGUGCUUCCUGGCUCGAUCGCAAACCUUUCGACGAGCAUGGAGUACUUGGGCAUAAGUAUCAACAUGGUAAGUGGCCAAAUACCUCAGGAAAUCGGCAACCUUGUCAACUUGAACGCCAUUGAUAUGGAUCUCAAUAAGCUUACUGGUAUUAUCCCUACCUCAAUUGGCAAACUUAACAAGCUGAACAGGCUUGACUUGUCCGCCAACAAGCUAUCAGGGCAAAUUCCACCAACAAUUGGCAAUCUCACCGUGCUCACCGAAUUAUCCCUUUUGGACAACAUGCUCACGGGUCCCAUUCCUUCCAGUCUUGGAAGUUGCCCUUUGCAGACGCUGAACCUGGGGCACAAUCGCCUUGCUGGUCCAAUACCAAAAGAAGUUCUCCUCAUAUCCACACUUUCCGACUACGCGACUUUCCACGAGAACAUGCUAACUGGAUCGUUGCCAUCGGAAGUUGGUCACCUGAAAAAUCUUGUGGCCCUUGAUGUAUCUGGAAAUAGGUUAACCGGGGAAAUCCCCAACUCUCUUGGCGAUUGCCAAAUCUUACAGUAUUGCAUUAUGAAAGGGAACAUGUUUCAAGGGAAAAUUCCGGAGUCAUUGGGACAACUGAAGGCCCUCUUGGCUCUUGAUCUUUCAAGAAACAACUUGUCCGGUCAUAUUCCAGACUUCUUGGGUGACAUGAAAGGUCUUGAACAACUGAAUAUCUCCUUCAACAACUUUGAUGGAGAAGUCCCAAAGCAAGGAAUAUUUCUUAACGCCAGCGCAUUUUCAGUUGAGGGAAACUCAGGCCUCUGUGGAGGUAUUGCUCAGCUGAAAUUGCCACCUUGCUCAGAUAAUGGCAGUACUAGCAACAAUAAGCGAUCACACAAACUUGUCAUGAUAGUCUCCACAGCCACUGCCUUUCUAGGAAUCUCCUUGCUCCUUGCACUAUGUGCAUUAUGUCAUCAAAGAAGGAAGUUGAUAAAGGCAGAACAUGCCUUACCACUCAUCAAUGAUCAGUAUGCAAGGGUUUCAUAUGUCAACUUGAUGAAUGCAACAAAUAGUUUUGCUUCUGAAAACCUCAUAGGCAUCGGAAGCUUCGGCUCUGUUUACAAGGGAACAAUGAUAAGCCAUGACCAAGAAGUUGUUGUCGCUGUGAAGGUGCUCAACCUUCAGCAGCGAGGGGCGUCACAAAGUUUCAUUGCAGAAUGUGAGACUCUCAGAUGUGCUCGACAUCGGAACCUUGUGAAAAUCUUGACGGUGUGUUCAAGUAUUGAUUCCGGUGGCCUUGAUUUCAAAGCUAUUGUAUUUGAUUUCCUACCAAAUGGAAAUCUAGACCAGUGGCUACACCACCGUCUCAGGGAACAUGGCACCCAUAGUAGGAUUGAUCUUGUCCAACGGAUAGACAUUGCCAUUCAUGUCGCUUCUGCACUCGAAUAUCUUCACCACUAUAAACCAACCCCGAUAGUUCAUUGUGAUCUCAAGCCAAGCAAUAUUCUCCUUGACAAUGACAUGGUUGCCCAUGUUGGUGAUUUUGGGCUCGCAAGAUUUGUGCAUCAAGACCAGAUUAACCCCUCAGAUAUAUCAAGUGGUUGGGCCACAAGAAGGGGAACCAUUGGAUAUGCUCCUCCAGAGUAUGGACUGGGUAACAGAGUCUCAAUCCAUGGUGACAUGUACAGCUUCGGAGUACUAUUGUUGGAAAUUUUCACAGGAAAAAGACCAACAGAUAGCGACUUCGUGCAAGACCUCAACCUUCAUAGGUACGUGCAAAUAGCACUGCAAGAUCAGCAAGUCACCAGUGUGGUAGACCAACAGUUACUGCCAGUACAAGAUCCGGAACUCGAAGGGAGAACAAGCAGCUCCAGUAGCACCAGAGAAAUUACAGUUGCCUGUGUUACUUCAAUUCUGCAGAUCGGAAUUCUGUGCUCGAAGGAACUUCCAACAGACCGCUUGCUGAUUGGUGAUGCCUUGAGAGAGCUUCACAGAAUCAAAGACAAUUAUAACCAGUUGCACUUAUUAAGUACAUAGAACUUUCUGAAACACAGGAUUUCCAUAUCCCGAACCAUUUUACAGUAUUCCGUGAUCAGAACAGAUACCAGGUCCUUGACUGCACUCAACCUAGUGUUGGGCUUUUUACUUUUAAAAAGACAUGAAAGCAUAAGAUUGACGUUGCAUACACAAUGGAUGCCAGUAUUGCAUCCACCUGCACAUCAGGGUCUAGAGUACAUUGUUAGAUUAUCUUAAUAUAUGAUGUGGCCCAUGUAAUUAAAGAGAAUGAUUUUCAUAUGAAAAGAUCGCAGUGUGUGUUUACUCCAAUUAUUCA